UUUUUUAAGUAUAACUGUUUUAAAAGGAAAAGUUAUUUUUAUGAAUACCCCCUCUGUUUAGUUUUCUUUCGUUUCAUCUAGAAUUUAGAUCUAAAAUUUGUAUACAUGGCCGAGAUAUUGACCUGUUUGCUCUUUGACCCAAGACCUGUCGGACCAGUUCAGUUUGUAAUAUAAGCGAAUUAUUACAGUAGAAAUCUCACUUUUUGCAGAAUCAUCCAACAUGGGGUUUGAAGUUCCAGCAGAUUAUGGUUAUGUUGUUUUAGUUUUACCCGCUACAUGGGUUGUCGUCAACUUUUUAGCAGUAAAUGUGAUGAAAGCCAGAAAAAAGUAUGGAGUGGAGUAUCCAAAUCUGUACUCAAAUAACCAUAACUUCAAUUGUUAUCAACGAGCUCAUCAGAACACAUUGGAGAAUCUCCCAUUCUUUCUCAUAUUUUUGAUGAUGGGUGGACUCCAGUUUCCUAGAAUAAGUGCUGUAUGUGGCAUACUGUAUCUGGCCAGUAGAAUUGUUUAUGCUUAUGGGUAUUACACUGGAGAUCCAGCCAAGAGGAACAGAGGUGCAUUUGGUUAUAUUGGCCUCUUAGGACUGCUCAUUAGUACUGUGGCCUUUGGUCUGAAUUUGUUAGGAUGGAUUUAAUAUUUUUCAUAUAUAUUGAUAUUUUCACAGGCAUUAACAUGAUGUAUUUGUAACCAUUUAUAUUUUAUUACGUUAAUAUUUUCUAACAAAAUUUUAUUCAAGUCACUAAUAACUAAACAACUUUAAUUUGAAUGAAGGUGGCCUAUAAUAAGUUGAUUGUUUUGGGUAUUAUAUUAUUUUUAAGGUAUAUGUGUAGAAUGUUCGUUCGUUGUUUCUAGAGUUUUACGUCCACUUCCACCUGAGGUGAUAUCGUAGACAAGAAAUAUUGUCUAACUUACCCUUAUAUAGUCCUAUACACUAUGGGUGAGAAAGCAGGAGUAGGUCUAACACAUGUGCUUUAGAUCAUAAGGUCUGUCAUUGAGUCAAGUGGCGUGGUUUCGACCCCAAGCUUGUACAUGACUGCAAAAGACACCUAGGUGCAAGCCAAUUAUUGAUAUAAAAUUGUAUAAUAUGUUAGUCCCAAAAUGACCCGAUUUGUGUCUCGUUAAAUCAUGAGCUUGAUUCUCUUUCUCUGUCUUGUUCUGUGAUAAGCCUUGCCAUGGUUACAAAGAAAGAUAAAACGAACCAAGAAAAAGAACAACCAAUCAACUGAUAGAGACCAGUGUAACCAUGGUUACAAAUCAUAAAUUAUAUACUAUCAUCAUCUGAUUAAAAAUGUAUUUAUACUCAUUUCUUAUUCCAUAUAAUAAAAGUCGCCCAUUAGAAUGUAUUUGUUGAUUUUUAAAAGUAUUGUUAGUGAUCGUUUUCUUUCAUUGAAGUAGUAGGGGUGAUGUGGUGUUGAUUCCCCAGUUAUACCUCAUGGGUUUUCUCUGGGUCCUCCGGUACCUCCCACUGCUAAAGACCCCCUAUGUGCAAGUGAAUUAUUGAAAUAAAAUUGAACCAUGUUAGUCCCGAAAUAACCUAGUUUGUGUUGUGUGGACGUUAAACCCUCUCUCUUUCAUUGAAGUAUAGGUUGUUUUCUAUAUACAUUGCUCAAGUUUUGUUUUUAUUGUUAAAAUGGUAGCUGUAUAUUACAAUUGUUAGUUUUAUUUUGUUUUCUGCUAAAAAUGAUAGCUAUAUCGGGUGGCCCAGAAAUAAAAUGUAUACACUGUGGAAGAACUAUAACAGAUUUGUACAUGUUAAUUAAUUAAUGUGGGAUAAUUAAAACAAAUUUUUACAUGAUUUGUGUUAACACUAUUUCAAAGUGGACUUGAAAUUUGGAUAUAGUAUAAUUAUUAGUAUAAUUAUUAGUUAAUUAAGAUUAUGUUUUCUGAUAUUAUUUGUAACUGUAAAUUCUAACAAAAAUUUUAUAUUAUAAUGCUUGUAUUCUU